GAUAGAGUCUUAAAAAUUUGCCACUGUGCCUACGAAUUCUGAGAAAACUAACUUCAAAAUUAAAAUACUAAACUUUUCAAGACAGGAUUUCAAGACAACUUUUCAAGAGCGGGACAACUGGUUCACUGGAAAAACAGGCUGUGAGAAACAAGAUUUUCAAAAGAGGAAGCUGAGUAACCAGACUUCUUGAAAAGAAAACAAACCUGCGGCAAGGAUACUCCAAGCUCAACCGAAAGAUCUCGGCCAGACCUGUUCAAGUGGACUACUUGGAACUCUUGAGUGCACCGGUGUGGAAAUGACCCAAGAAGUGCUUCUAGAAUUGAUCUGCAACAACACUAGAAGUCAACCGAUAUUUCUCACUCAAGCACUUAUUUAUUUCCCCAUUUUCUGCAUUGGAGUCAUCCUAAAUGCCUUGGCCUUGAAGAUAUUCUGUUGCACUCUGAGCAAGUGGACUGAAACAAGGGUAUACAUGACCAAUUUAGCCAUUGCAGAUUUCUUGUUGCUUUUUACUUUGCCUUUCAAGAUGGCUUAUAAGACAAACUAUGUGUCUACAGAGUGUUUGGUCUUUGAGUCUGCAUACUUCAUUAACAGGUAUAUGAGCAUCUUCCUUAUCACCAGCACAGCAGUUGAUCGAUACAUUGCCAUAAAAUAUCCCCUCAAAGCAAGACAUAUACGGUCUCCUCUGAAGUCAGCAGUUAUCUCUGGGUUUCUCUGGGCAUUGAUGUUCAGCAUUGUAUAUGUAACUAAAAAAUUUGAGAAACGAGCUUCAUCAGGCACUUGCUUUAGAAGGAUAUCCAGAGAACCAUCAAUGUAUGUAUUUGCAUCUGUCAUUUGGGGAUUUUUUAUACCAUUAACAAUUUUUAGUUUCUGUUCCAUUAAAAUCACAAAGAAACUCGUGAAGAAGAAGAAAACAAACCCCUACGAAGAAAAGCGCAUCCAGAAAGCAAUCAAUAUCAUUUUUGCAAAUAUGAGCGUAUUUGUCAUAUGCUUCUUACCUAUUCAUCUUGCAUACUUAAUUCGGUUCAUAGCUGACUACACUGAGGCCAGCUGCACUCAGAUAGAAAAAAUUGACAACUUUACAAACCUUGCAGGAAUUAUUGCCAACACCAACUGCUGUUUGGAUGCCAUUUGCUAUUACUUUGUGAACAAGGAAUUCCAGGAAGCUUCCAUGAUGCUAACAACCAAAUAUCUAGCACAACAGAAGCAAGGCUCUGAAGAUCAAGAUUUUGAAAUUAUUUAGGAAAGCAUGGACCUAAGGACUGCAUGCCCAAAUAUAUGUAAUGGUCACAAGUGCACUACCACUCAAAAUGCUGUUUUUUCUGUCGGAACACAGAGCAGUGCAUGGAAAUGCACUAUUUGCACUUUGACAUGCUUUCGAACUGCUAGGUUGGCAGGAGCUGGGACCGAGCAACAGGAGCUCACCCCAUUGCGGGGAUUUGAACCCCCAACCUUACAAUCGGUAAACCCUAGGCUCUGUGCUUUAGACCACAGCGCCACCCGCGUCCCUAAGUGAAGGAUAGCAGAUGUUUAUUAUAACUUGAUUACGGACUCAAUAAGCAAUGAUUUCGUCCCUCAGAACAACAAUUGACAGGCUUCUAUAGCAGCCUGUACGCAGAGCUUUCUCCUGUCUCAGUUGAUGCGUUUCCAAGCCCCUUUUAUGUGUUGCAAAAAUUAACAUUCUCAGAGCCUAGACUGCAGUGCUGCUUUAAGAAAUGGCCGCCCAAAGCCGCCCCUGUCUAAAAAAAUGAGCCACCUUUGUCCAAAGACUAGCUAAGGAUUUUUUUCUUAUUCGUUGCAUUUGUAUACUGUCGUUUUGCCAAGCCACCCAAGGUGGUUUACAGUUUAAAAGGACUGAAAAAAAACGAUAGAACAGGCGAGGGAGGGAGAAGUCCACAUGGAGAAUGCUGUGUUUGCCUGGUCUCCACUUCCUCCCGCAGGGCAGAGGUUGUCCAUCUAACUAUGUAGAGGCAGUCCUGAAUGGGGAACUUCUUUAAUGUUUAUAUAUACUGUAUGUUGGAAGCCGUCCAGAGUGGCUGAGGCAACCCAGCCAGAUGGGUGGGGUAUAAAUAAUAAAUUGUUGUUGUUGUUAUUGUUGUUGUGGACUAGGUAAAGGAACCCCUGACCAUUAGGUCCAGUCAUGACCAACUCUGGGGUUGAGGCGCUCAUCUCGCGUUAUUGGCCAAGCGAGCCAGCGUACAGCUUUCAGGUCAUGUGGCCAGCAUGACAAAGCCGCUUCUGGCGAACCAGAGCAGCACAUGGAAAUGCCGUUUACCUUCCCGCUGUAGCGGUUCCUAUUUAUCUACUAGCACUUUGACGCAGCUUUCGAACUGCUAGGUUGGCAGGAGCUGGAACCGAGCAAUGGGAACUCACCCCGUCACGGGGAUUCGAACCACCGACCUUCUGAUCAGCAAGCCCUAGGCUCUGUGGUUAAACCCACAGCGCCACCCGCAUCCCUUUAUUAUGGACUAGGAUGUCCCUAUUUUCACUGGAAAAAUGCUGGAGGGUUUGAAAUAGUCUCUCUCUCUCUCUCUCUCUCUCUCUCUCUCUCUCUCUCUCUCUCUCUCUCUCUCGUGUGUGUGUGUGUGUGUGUGUGUGUGUAGUGCACUUCAGUUCAUAAAUGUCUGUGCCAUAGUACAUUUGUCAUUUUUAAGUUGCCACAUACC